UAAUUAUGGCCGAGGUGGUGUUGCUGCAAUGAUUUUCAAAGGCGUGACCUGCCCGUCGGAUCAAUUUUAAAUUUUAAUGUCUUCCAAAUCCGGCUCAACUUCUGCUUCGAAAGUUGAAAUUAGGAAUUGUUGAAAAACGCGUCGUCAAGCAGAAAAUUUUGAAGCAUGAACAGGAUUUUGCAGAGAAAUGUUUACCUGUGCAGAGUGUGUCUACUGAAUGCAAACAGAAACAGGUCAUCAAUCACAGUUACUAAUUCACUAACUUGCUUCCUCAACGGUCAAAUAAGAUGCGCUUCUAAUAAUAAAAUUCCUGCAAGAAGAUUAUAUUCAAACUGGAACUCAUUUUCAAAAAAAGUGACCCCAGCUACAGGUAAAUCAUGGCUACUGGUAAAUAAUCAUGAAAGAAGAUCCUACCAUGCAUCAUCAUCAGAAGACACCUCACCACAAGCCAGACAACAGCAAAGCAAUGAAGAUGUCAUUAAAUUCAAUUCAGAUGACUUCAAAUUUAUAGAAAAUGACAUUAAAAAAGAAUUAGAAACAAGUACAUUAGAGCUGAAGGAGAUAUCUCAGUAUCAUUUUGAUGGGGCCGGUAAGUAUAUCCGACCGAUGAUAUCCAUUCUAAUGUCUCAAGCUUGUAACAGAGAUCAUUCGCGUAUAAACAGCAGUCAGAGAGAGGUGGCCACAAUCGUCGAGAUGAUUCACACGGCCAGUCUCGUCCACGAUGACGUCAUAGAUGCUUCAAACUUACGGCGAGGUAAGGAGACGGCACAUCACUUGUGGGGACAGAAAAAGGCCAUUUUGGCAGGAAACUACAUCCUCUCAACAGCCUCUCGAAAACUUGCUCGAAUAGGAAAUGUCGAGGUCGUCCAGGUGCUGUCCCAGGUUCUCGAAGAUCUGGUUAAAGGUGAAUUUAUGCAGUUGGGAUCGAAAGAGAGCGACACUGAGAGGUUUAAUCACUAUAUGAAGAAAACGUACAAGAAGACUGCCAGUCUGAUUGCUAAUAGUUGCAAAGCCGUUGCCAUAUUAGCAGAUGGAGACGUUGAUAACAUGAGGGAUAUAGCUUACCAGUAUGGAAGAAACGUUGGCAUUGCUUUCCAGCUGAUAGACGACUACCUAGAUUUCGUAGCCAACGAAUCCUCCAUGGGCAAACCUGUAUGUGCAGACUUACAACUAGGCCUUGCCACUGCUCCUGUUCUAUACGCUUCUAUGCAAUUUCCAGAACUGAACUCGAUGAUCAUGAGGAGGUUUUCAAGAGAUGGUGAUGUGCAAGAGGCUAGAAGACUCGUCAUGCUAAGUAACGGCGUUGAGUAUACCAAGUUUCUGGCCAAGCAGCAUUGCCAGCAGGCCAUUGAGUGCGUUGAAAAGUUGGAAAAUUCCGCCGCUAAAAGAUCUCUCAUUGACGUUACUGAAAAAAUUCUUAAGAGGACUAAAUAGAAUACUAUAACUUAUUAUGAAUACUUAUGUAUAAUUAUUUAUAAUUUUGAGUAAUUAUGAAUAAUAAUUUUAUAAAAUGUGUACAAUUAAAAGGAGUGUGGGUAUGGUUUGUUGUACGGAUGGAUGGAUGGAUAAGAUAAGCUUUGGGUUAAUAAAUAAAUAAAUGAAGGAAUGAAUGAUUGAUUGAAUUAAUAAAUGGUUGAAUGGAUUGAUUGAUUGUUGGAUAGAUAUCUAGAUGGAUGGUUUUUUUUUAUUGUAGAUUGUGUCCUUGCUAAUUCAAUUGUUGUUUUCGUUCGUUUGUUAUUAACUGCUGUUGUAUAUUUAUCAAUGAACGAGUUAAUUUUAAAAUAGAUUCGAUCUUUUUAUUAAAUGGACAUUAGCUUAGUAAUGUAUGUGUUGUUAUUUUAUCUGAAUAUGUAGUCCUAUAUCUCGCAAUUCACAAAUAGGCAAUGAAUUUUUUUUUUUCUGAAAUAAUUCACUCAAUUUAAUUAUUAUUUUUUAAUUAAUUGAUUAAUUAAAUUAUAAUUUUAUUUUGAUAAUGGUAGUAAUAAUAUUAGCGAUUGUUACUGUUACUAAAAAUUGUUGUAUUAGAUUUGUUUGUAUUAGUAUAAUUAAGCAUGCAUGUAGAUAGGGUUCGAAAUAUAGCCUGCAUCUGCCAGGUUGUAUUUCAAUAGAAUUCACUGGAAAUACGAUGUUAUUUUCAUUUAUUGAUUUAUUUAUUUAUUCAUUUGUUUGUUAAUGAAUUUUAAUUUUUAAUUAAGAAAUAAUUUGGCUUUUAUAGAGCUUUAAGUUUGUAUUUGGUAAUUAGUUAAAGGAUGUUCGUAAUAUUAAUUAAUUUAAUUUUUGUACAGCAUUCUGUUUGUAUGCUGUCUUUCUGACAUUCAUUUUAUGUAUAUGUAUGUAUAUAUUUAUGUAUGUGUGCGUGUGUGUUUGCGUUUGUAUAAUUCGAUAAUAUUUUUGUUUGUUUCGAAAGCUGCUAAUAAGUUGAAGUGAUUAAAACAUGCGAGAGUAUAAUAAUCUUUAUAACGUGUU